AUGGAGGCCUCUCCCCUUACCCAGCAAAGUAGACCUGAAACCUUCAAGCCGAAGAUUGUGCAGCUCUACGAGAACUUGUUCAAAGCCGAAGAUGCAGAGCCCUCCGAGGGCUUUUGGCGGGAGUUCUUUCUGCUGCCGCCGGACCGAGGCCAGCUGCAUGCCCUGCUAGACCGCUUGAGCCCAGACGACACGUUGGGCUUGCAGGCACAAACUCAACGAUUUUUUGCUCGUGCCAUUCGGGAAGCAGCGUCCGGGGCCGCGCCGACGGACCUCUAUGCAUUAGAUACAUUGACGGUCUUCUUGACUAGUAUCCUCAGCAAAAAGUACACCAAUCCAAGCUCGGAUGUCAUCACAGUCCUGGCAGGGCUUGAUGAGGUAGACCAUGUCAUCUCGGAGUUUGUGGCAGCCUUGGAUGGCAUCAUUCGUAAUGGCAGCAGCCUCGAACUGCGCCUCGGGGCAAUCAAAACCGCCAUAGCCAUGACCAGCGGGGCAUACAAAACCAGCAUUGUGUCCUAUUUUACGCAUCGAGACCUCUUCCCAUCGUUGAUGAAGUAUGUUCAUGAUUCUGAAACUUCUCUACAAGUGUUUGAACCAUUUCUCCUGUUGGGGCUCUUGGCGAACUACAACAAGUUCGAGUUUCAAAACCCCUAUCAGUUUCGGCUCGAUGACUUUGUCAACGAGGGUAGUAUCAAAAAGAUCGUCAAGGGCGUCGGUCUGGUCUGUGGUGGCUUGCGAAACGGUUAUGUCGCCGUGCAGGACGAUGUCCCGGAGGGCUGGAGUUUGAAAAGCACCUUGAUCUUCUUUGGGCUGCGAGCCCUUGCUCCCGGAGCACGGGACAGGGCGAAUCCACCCACCGCAGAAGAAGCCAAGGCAAUGUUUGCGCAGCUUCCUGCUCAAGAGGCCGCAAUUCUUCUGGCUACAUACGACUUUACCAAUUCGAACAAACUCUUCGGGUACCAUCUGGUUCACCUAAGCCCGGAGAAGAGCAACGAAGAAUCACCAUUUGCCAGUUUUCUUUCGUUGGCUUCUUAUCUGCUCCAACAUGCGUACCGGUCCGUCCGAGUGGCACACUAUGCGGAAUUGAGUCUUUUCACACUUCGCAUUCUAGUCGAGGACCCGACUCUCUGCAAACACAUUUGCAGCGAUGACGGCAAGCGAAAGGUCCGACUAUGUCGACAGAGACAACCCUACCUGCCUCUGGUCAACGGGGACCGUGUCCCUGCCACGGUCAUCUUCGACAUCAUGAUCGACACCAUCACCCAUAAUCUCCGCCGGCGUCUCGAUGUCAAUAUCUACAGUCAUACAAUCGCAAUUACACUCCGCCUUCUAACAUACUUGUCCAUGAACAAAAUCCGCCUGACAUACCACUGGUCGGAGCUCUGGCGCACUCUCCUCUCGCUCAUGCGGUUCCUCACAAGCUACGCCUCUGAUCUGACCAGCAACCCCCGAAUCCACAUGCUGACCAGCUCGCUCGCCGAUCUGAUCGCCUUCUGCGUCUCGGGUGGCGACACCUUCCUCCCGGACCCGGCUUCCUACGACGACCUCUUCUACAAGCUGGUCGAGACGGGUCCCAUCCUGUCAAAGUUCCGGGACGUAUACGGACCCACCCGUUCCUCUUCUUCCACCACUAUAACUUCUUCUUCUGCCGCGCUCCCUGCUGCAGCAAUCCCCAAACCCUCUGACGGACCCUCCUCCGCCAAUGCCCCCCACACCGCCGCCAUCGACACCCUCCUGUCUGUCUCAACCCACUUCUACACUCUCCUCUUCCACCCGGAGGGUGGCAAGGACCCGACUGCUGCGUCCGCGGCUGCUGCUAGUCCCAAGCCAGACAGCGAACCCGUGGCCCUGCCUUCCAUCCGGAAAAAGAACCUCAGCCCGCGCGAGGUCCACCGCAUCAUCAAGCAGGGCUACGAUACCCUGAGCAUCCAGCCGCCCGAGGGCCUGAGUGCCUGGGCCAAGUGGCGCGAGACCGAGUGGAAGAGUGAGCUCAAGCGUGCUGCACGAGUUGUCGUCGACGACUCGAGGCAAAUGGUUUCGUAG